UCCUUUCAUCUCCAAAGCUUUCUAUUGAAAUUCAUUUUGUUUCAUGUUCAUGUGAUGCAUGUCAAAAUGGUUCAUUGAUUCUGCAUGUAUGGGCUCUGAAUAACAUUUAUAGGCUCCAAAUAUUGUAUAUUCUUUUAAGUGAGUGUAUUAUUCAAAUGGCGCAAUCUGCAAUCGAUGAGGUAUCCGACACUGGUGCUUUUGUAAGAUCUGCUUCCACAUUUCGGCAAUUCAUUUCGAGGGACCCGAAUUCCCAAUUCCCAGCAGAGCCAGGAAGGUAUCAUCUCUAUGUAUCAUAUGCUUGUCCUUGGGCUUCCAGGUGCCUUGCUUAUUUGAAUAUCAAAGGGCUUCAGAAAGCUAUAAGUUUCUCGUCAGUCAAACCCAUCUGGGAAAGAACUAAAGAAUCAGAUGAGCAUAAGGGAUGGGUUUUUCCUGAUUCGAAAACUGAGGUUCUAGGAGCUGAACCUGACCUGUUAAACGGAGCAAAGAGCAUUAGAGAACUUUAUGAAAUUGCAAGUACAAACUACACAGGGAAGUUCACCGUUCCGGUUCUGUGGGAUAAGAAACUCAAGACCAUUGUUAAUAAUGAGAGCUCAGAGAUAAUCCGCAUGUUUAACACUGAAUUCAAUGACAUUGCAGAAAAUCCCUCCUUGGACUUAUAUCCAACUGAUUUGAGAACCAAAAUUGAUGAGGCUAAUGAGUGGAUAUAUAGUGGAAUAAACAAUGGUGUUUAUAAAUGUGGAUUUGCAAAGAUGCAAGAACCAUACAAUGAGGCUGUACAACAAUUGUAUGAAGCUUUGGACAAAUGUGAGAGUAUACUAAGCAAGCAGCGAUACAUAUGUGGCAACUUAGUUACUGAAGCAGACAUUCGAUUGUUCGUCACUCUCAUCCGAUUUGAUGAGGUUUAUGCAGUUCACUUUAAGUGCAACAAGAAGCUACUCCGGGAGUACCCGAACCUCUUCAAUUACACUAAAGACAUCUUCCAAAUUCCCGGCAUGAGUAGCACCGUGAACAUGGAGCAUAUAAAGUUGCAUUACUACGGAAGCCAUCCUUCGAUUAAUCCAUUCGGAAUCGUUCCUGCAGGACCAGAUAUUGAUUAUUCUUCCCCUCAUGACAGAGACAGGUUUUCUGCAUAGUCCAUGAGAAAUUUGGUGUCUCUUUUUAAGUUUCAACACCUUUUCAACGUAAAGGGAUGCAUACUAUGUGUGCCUAGUGCUUUUAAGUGUUAAGCUGCAUUUGGAAGGAGGACUGGGAAUGAGAGACUGAAACAGAGAGAUAGAAAUUGAGAAAUUGAGACUAAAUUAAGUUUUUGUAUUGUAUUUGGUGUAAAAUGUACUGAACUGAGUUAUGUCUCAGUAUUAUGUUUAAUUUAAAAUAAAUAUAGAGAUUGAAAAGUAGAUUUGAAAUUUAAAA